AUGCAUCUUCAAAUCGCCAUUACAGUGUAUCCGAAGGUGAAGGUUAGGAUGGGAGAUGAAGAUGAUCGGCACUGGGGCUCCUUGCUUUCCUUGAAGGAUAUCCAGUUCCUUUCCAUUCAGGAUUCGCUUUUCCCAGUUAAGUUGCUGCAAGAUGUUUCGCAAUCUCCGAGUCCCAAGGCCAAAAUUCCCAAGUCUUAUGUGCCUAGCCUAAUCCUGCCUGAAACACCAAGAACUCCACUUUCAGUCUGCACAGAAAGUUCAGGAACAGACACCAAAAGCAACCUAGAUGAAGAAGAAGAUGAUAGACCAAAUAUUAGAGCCAGUUCAAUCCCACCACCUCGAGCCGUACUAUCCAGUCCUCAAAAUGAUGCGUUGAUUGGAGACAAGUACAUGGUCAAACCUGGCAAGCGGCCUUCCAUACUGAGGAAUCAGAAUUCGACUCAAAGCAGCAGUCGUAUUCACUGUAAAGUCAUGCCGAGGAAAGCCACUGAUGAGAACCCGGUAGUUAGGAGUAGGAAGUCCAAAGAUCAGCCAUCUGAUGACAGGAGUGCUCUCAGAGAGAAGAAAGGGUCAGCCAUUUCGAGUCGCAGAAGGCCUGUAGUCGAGUGGGUAAACUGA